AUGGGAGGUAGUAACAAGCAUGUUGUCUCUACAACCUCUUCUUCUCUGGCUAUUGUUGAGGCAAAUCCUCCGGACAACAAACUUGCAACCAUUGAAGCACCGAUUAUAUCUUCUUACAAUGAUCGGAUCAGGCCGUUGCUUGACACUGUGGACCGGCUGAGGAACCUGAACGUGAUGAGAGAAGGUUAUGUCUGUGUCAGAAACCGGAUCGGAGAAGAGACUUACGAAGAAGCUAGGAUGCAAGAAGAGUUACUCUUCAAGACUCAUCCACUGUUAAGCAUGAUUGAUGAUGAAAUUGUUGGCAUCCCUGUGUUAGCUCAGAAGCUAAUGGUUAUCCAAGCAACAAUGAUCGGUAGAUGUUUGCCUGAGAUUGUUCGCAAGAUCAAUAUAAAGAUGGAAACCGCUGUUGUGGAGUUAAACAAGCUUCCAAAGGUAAUGGCAUCUACAGGAGAAGCAUUGAUGGCACUGAGAGACAUCAUUGAUUCUGCCAAGGAGUCUCUCUUAAGAAUCCUUAUACAAGGAGACUUCUCCGAGUUCCCAGAUGAUCUGAAGAUGCAUUGCACUGCUCGUUUGGCUGAUAUGCUAAGCCACUUCUCAGAUAACUUGCAAGCCAAGCCAGAAGACAAUAACAAGACAGAGUUCUUGAUGGAUGAGAUCAAGAUUCUUGAUGAAUGUAAAUGUGUUGGACUCCCAAACUUCAUGCCGAGAUCAGCUUUUUUAGCUCUCCUCUCACAACAUGUCGAUGACAUACAUGCCAAACCGGUAGAGUUCAUCAAGAAGAGUUGGGACUACAUCGAAGGUGUCCUCAUUUCAGUACUUUCCAAAUACUCCGACAACUUUCCACAGAUUCAAUCAUCCAUCAAGCGAGCUGGUCGUAAUCUAAUCACCAAGAUCAAGGAGCAAUCUGUGAACAGAGUUUCCGAGAUCGUUGAGAUGGAGAAGCUGACGGACUACACAUGUAACCCUGACUACAUGACGUCUUGGACCGAGAAGACAGCUACACAGCAAAGCUUCAUAAACGCUGUGUUGCACGACGCGAAAAUGCCUGAGAACUUUUCUCUCAAUGGAUUUGGUAACGUUAAGAUCUCGCAUCUGAGGAAGUAUCACGCUCAUUUUUUGCAGCAGGCGUUUGACAUGAAGAUGAGGAUUACAUCGUACUGGACGAUUGUUUUGAGGAGGAUUGUUGAUAACCUUGCUCUCUAUCUUCAGUUCUCGGUGAAGAGUCUUGUGAAUGUUCGGUUUCAGAAGGAGGUUGUGGCUGAGAUGGUGGAUUCAAGAGGUGGUGGAGGAGUUGAGAGGAUGUUGGAAGAGUCUCCGUCGGUGGCGGGGAAGAGGGAGAAGCUGAAGAAUAGUAUCAAGCUUCUGAAAGAGUCUAAGGAUGCUGUGGCAGUCAUUGUUGAUCAGAAUUCUGGUUAUGGAGACCGUUGA